AUGGGGAGUGCAUAAUGUUGUAAAAAAAAUGUUUAGGACGAGGAUGUAUAGGAAGUGGUUAUCCUUGAAGAUUCGAAUUAAUAGUCUGCAAAAUUAUAAGAGUAUCAAAAUUUUAUUAAUUUCUUUAUAGUGUUUAGUAAGCAAAGCAUAGCUAUAAAAAAACUGAAGAAUGUGGAACUCCUGCUUUUCCAGAACUAAGGUCUCAAUAGAGUAAAAGAUCUGAACAAUGUUAAUCAUUAAAAGAAAUUUAAUUUGUUGGGUAAGUUGACAAAGAUGAAUAAAUUCUUAAAUCAACUUGUACUUUAGGCAGAAAAAGAUAAAAAAAUGAUUCUCCAAUUGUUGCAUUUGAAGCUAAAAACUCUUUAAAAUCUUUUGAUUCUAAUAGGCUUAAAAAAUUACAAUCUGUCACUGAGCAAUAACUGAAUCUAAAAAAUAUAUCAUCUCCAAGAGAUGAAGAUUCAUUUAUGUCAGAUAGUUAAAGAGGUAGUAGGCAACCUGAUGAAAAAUCUGCUAAAAGUAUUUUAAAAUAGGAGAUGAAGUAUAGUAGAUUUAGAAAUUAGUAAAAUUAGGUUGAUAGCACUUUAAGAAAGGUGUAAUUUAAUUUGGAAUGA